GCGGAGGGGAUCAGCAGCAACAUGGCUGCAGAUUAUUGGGAGACUGAGCGAACCGAGAUUUCUUCAGACUGAACCGAGCUACACACGACCCGGGACAAACCGGAACAGAGCGGGCCAACCUGGGAGAGACCGGGUCUGCUCCUCCCGGUUUUGUCUUCGGGCUGGCUGCCCCACCCUCUUCAGCAUCACGUCCGCCUCUGCCACCUAGAUCCCCCCUAAUGGAGAAGAUGAGGAAAAUAAAACGGCAGCUGUCACUCACUUUGGGAAGGGGCUCGGCCGGGGGUGGAGAAAAGACCCUCAGUGAUACCAACACUCAGGAAGUGACAUCACACAGUGACUCAGAGAUGCCGUCUCUUCGGUCUUCUGGAGGUCUUAAGGUUAGAGCUUCAUCAUCUUCGGUUCAGUCAUUGCUGCAGUCAUACAGCAGUUCUCUGAAGAAACCUCGAGGACUUGGACGCAGCCUCAGCUCCUACCUGAACCACACCACAAGACUGGAGAUCGUUCAUGAGGAUGUGAGGAUGAGCUCAGAUGGAGAAAGUGAUCUGGUUUCUUCUUCAGAUGAUGUUCAGAGUCCACUUAGAGUCAGACUGAGGAACAAGAAGAUCUCUACUGAGGACAUCAAUAAACGUCUGUCGUUACCAGCUGACAUUCGUCUUCCAAAUGAUUACCUGGAGAAGUUUAAUGUCAUUGGUCCGGUCCUGUUUGAGCAGCCAAUCAGCAGACGGCUGCGCAGAGUGUCUCUGUCGGAGAUUGGUUUUGGGAAACUAGAGACGUACAUCAAACUCGACAAACUGGGAGAGGGUACCUAUGCUACAGUGUAUAAAGGUCGGAGUAAGCUGACGGAGAAUCUUGUUGCUCUGAAGGAAAUUCGACUGGAACAUGAAGAAGGAGCUCCGUGUACUGCAAUCAGAGAAGUGUCUCUGUUAAAGGACUUGAAACACGCCAAUAUCGUCACGCUUCAUGACAUCAUUCACACACAGAAAUCCCUCACGCUGGUGUUUGAGUAUCUGGACAAAGAUCUAAAACAGUAUCUAGAUGAUUGUGGAAACAUCAUCCACGUUCACAAUGUCAAACUUUUCCUCUUCCAGUUGCUGCGAGGUUUGUCAUACUGUCACCAUAGAAAAGUUCUUCAUCGAGACCUGAAACCCCAGAACCUGCUGAUCAAUGAGCGAGGAGAACUCAAACUGGCAGAUUUUGGUUUGGCUCGAGCGAAGUCAAUCCCAACAAAGACGUACUCCAACGAGGUGGUGACUCUGUGGUACCGACCACCGGACAUCCUGUUGGGCAGCACUGACUACUCCACCCACAUCGACAUGUGGGGUGUUGGUUGCAUUUUCUAUGAGAUGGUGACAGGACGUCCUCUCUUUCCUGGAUCCACCGUUGAGGAGGAGCUUCACUUUAUCUUUAAGUUGUUGGGUACUCCCACAGAGAAGAGUUGGCCUGGGAUCAGUUCUAACGAGGAGUUUGUGGCAUUUAACUACCCUCAGUACAGAGCAGAAAGACUGAGCAACCACACCCCCAGGCUCAGCAGUGAAGGAGUGGAGCUGUUAUCAAACUUCCUGCAGUUUGAAGGGAAGAAGAGGAUCUCAGCAGAUGAGUCGACAAAACAUUCUUACUUCAGUAACCUUGGAAAAAGAGUGAUAUCACUUCCUGACACGGCAUCCAUCUUUAGUUUGCCAGACAUUCAGCUAGAAAAGGAAACCAGGAGACAGACGGCAGCUGUUGAUUCAGCUGAUGGUGUGACAAGGAGGAGGAGUCUGCUCUUCUGACAUCAUAGGGAGGUGGAGUCAGCUCCAGGCAACCAAAAGGACAGGAAGUUUUUGACCACAGAUGAAGAGGAAGUAAAAGAAGCAAGAAACGUUCUCAGUUAAUAAAGUGAAGAAGAAGAAGAGACCUGCUGUUUACACAGAUGCAAUAAUUAGUGCAGCUACCUGACCAAUCAGAGAGCAGCAUGUUUCAGGGCUUCACCUCCGAAUGCAGAGAUGAACCAAUAUGGUUCUGUCUUCCAGUUCACUGCACAGAUUAAAAAAUGCUGCACCAUCUGUGUUUAAAGGUGAAUGACAUUAGUGAUGAUAUCACGAUGUCACCAUAGGUGACACAGAUUUUGGAUAUUUAUUAUAGCUAUUUAUGUUCAGGGUUGACAGAUGAAAGUUUUCCUGAAAUAAAAUAAGAUAGUUAUGGAGAAUGGUCGCCCACCUGCAGUAACAUUUUACCUGGUUGUAGUAACUUUUACUUGGCUGUAGUAAUGCCUACUUUGCCAUAUUAAUGCAUUACCUAUCUGUAGUAACAAGUUACAUGGUUGUAGUAACUGUGUUGUUGCAGGUGAAUUUCUUUUUUGAGAUCCUGCUUAUUUCCAUGUGAGUAACAAGUCUGAAAGCUUUUAUUCUGAGAGUUUAAACCUGGUUCCUGCUAUUUUGUGUCAACCAAUCAGAAUUGAUUCUGCAAAAUACUACAGUUUAUACUACUUCUACACAUUAUAUACUGCAGUAUAUUCUACAACCAAUACAGCAAAUACUAGUACUACUACUACAGUAAAUAUGCAGAAGAAAGGCAGUUUUAUCUAAUCUUGGCUGUUAUCACUUUGUCAUCAUGCAAACAGAAACUAUCACCAUAACCAAUAAAGAAACUGUCUUAAUCACUUUUGUCUGUGAUGUCACUAGAGCCUCAAUGACAUCACAUGCCGGAGGGCUGAUUGACUGAUUUUAUAUGAGCAACUUGUCAAUUGUGUCUGUUUGGGAAAGAAUUUCAGGUGUUUGAAGGGAAAAAUGUGUGGUCCAAUCCACAUCUAACAGGAAGGAUUUGGGGAUUUAUUGAUCUGCUGUAGGCAUGUGUUGGAACAAACAUCAGAGAAGAAGAGUUAACUUUCUUCUGCACAAAGUUGGGGUGUUUUUACAUGUCAGAAAAUCUCCAUAAGUCUUGAGAUGAAUUUGUUUCUGACGCCGGUUUUUUUAUAUGUUGUGUUCAGGUUCAGGUGGGUUUUGAUUCAACUUUGUUUUUAUAGAUGUGAAUAUUUAUUUUUGGAUGUGAACACAUUAGUCAUAUAGAAGAUCAAUAAGAGUUGACAAGUGUUUGACUGGAAGGAAGCAGAGAUUUCAAUGUAGUCUUAGAUAAACAUUUUGUUGUUUCAAUGGAAAUGAGUUGACUAAUCUGAUCAGACAUCAAAAUAUUAGAGAAGUUAACUUGAAAAUGAAACACCAGUGAAGGAAAUAAGGAGUUAAAUACUGGUCAGACUAGAAUAGCUUGAAGUAAAAAGAACAAGUUUUAAUAUUUCCAGAUGAACUUUAUUUUUUUAUAUUUCCGUUUGAAAUAUUUUUUGUUUGUCAGCAUGAAAAGUUUUAUUAGAAUGUGAAAAUGGAAAUGUUGGGUGGUGUCGAGGAGUUUAGUGUUUCUGUGUUUUCAGUAGUGGAGCAUGUUGGACAGAUUCCACGUAGAGCCAUCUUAACGCUGAGCGGACAUGUUGAAUGUAGCUACCAGCUGAUUAUCUGCUCCUCGUGUACAAACUUUAUUAUAAGAAAUAAACAUGUGGUUUGAAGUGCACUCUGUUGUUCAGCUGCACUGAAAAUCACCUUCAAAGAUUAUCUGCAUUUCAGUUUUCUUGUAACUUGAAGUGAUCAAUUGAUUUGCUGCAUGAUGGUACGUAAGCUUCUCACUGGUCUGUGCACUGAUUUCUGAUUGUUGUUGCAUCAAAGUUCAAACCAGUUGCAGACCAGUUCAGUGAACUGAGAUAAUCACCAACUAAUAAGUAAUGGUGUUUCAACAGAUAUCAGUUGAUUGGAUUUAACUGGGAUUUCCUAAUCACAGUGAUCCUGACAAUCUGUCCAUUCGAUUCAUGAUGUAGAUUUUAUAAGAAGCCUCAAACAUGGUGAAUUAACACGUUUCCAGAUCACAGAGAUGCAGUUAUUUUCUCAGCUUUUGUAAAUGAACUAAUGUGCUUCAUUUUGGUAAACACCAAAGUUAUCUGUAAUAUACUGGUCUGCAUGAUGGGAUUAUUCGAGUUAACAUAUAUACUCUUUAUUUAAUAAAUCUUCCAAUUGAUAAGAAAGCUCUACAAUGUAUCUGAUGCUGUAACACAUCUGCAUACUUGAAACAAGAGUACAAGUAUGAAAACUGUUAUUGUGUCCAAAUAUGUUUACUAUAUGUAUUCUGGAUAUAUUUGCAUUAUAUGAAUACACAUUAAAGGUCUAUUUAUUAUC